CGUCGCGGCGCAGUACGAAUCCCGUCGUUGUGGUGUACGCAUCGUGUGGUGUUGCUCGCCUCAUCUCUUUGGAUUUUGCAUAAACAGCUCAAGAGCGACAUGGCAAUCUCGCUUAGCACCGAGGACAAAUUGGAGUACCAUUUCUACCCCGUGACGGCCGGGCAAAUCCAGUUCCGGAUAAAAGCGCCGCACGAUGCCCACAUCGCUCUCACCACGGGACCCCAGGAGGGGGAUCCGAUGUACGAGGUCUUCAUCGGAGGAUGGAGCAACAGCAAGUCCGUCGUGCGCAAGAAUAGAACCAAGCCGGAAGCGGCGGAGACGGAAACGCCCGGCAUCCUGAGCGCGGAUGAGUAUCGCGGCUUCUGGAUCAGGUGGGACAACGGCAUUCUCACGGUGGGCAAGGAAAACGAUACAGCUCCUUUCCUGAGCUACGCCGACCCGGAACCGUUCGGGAUCGGUCACUUCGGCGUUUGCACCGGCUGGGGUGCCACCGGCGAAUGGCUCAUCGAAGGCCGCAAACCUUUGAACACUCCUAACAAGCUACAGUACAAGUUUCACGCCGUGCGAAGCGGCUCGGUGGUGAUCGACGUGAAAGCUAAGAGCAACGGGCACAUCGCGCUGACCGACCGGAAAGGCGAAUCGAGUCCCAUGUACGAGAUCAUGCUCGGCGGGUGGGAAAACACGGCGUCGGCUAUUAGAUACGAUCGCAAACAGCCCGAUAAGGUUCGAAACGAUUUCGCUAAUUUCGCGUUGAGAUUAAAACUACAAGCGUUAAACGCGGAAGCGUUAAAGAGGCGUCUUUGCUCUCACGUGGACAAUUUUGCGGCCCGUCAGGUGCGCGUGGACACGCCGAAUCUUCUCAGCGACCGCGAUCACAAGAGGUUCUCGAUCGCGUGGCUCGAGGGCCUCAUCACGGUCAGAUCGGGCGGUCCGAACGGCACCGUCCUCAUGGAAUGGCGUGACCCGAACCCCAUCGGCGUGAGCUACGUGGGGGUGCGCACCGGUUGGGGCGCGACCGGAAACUGGAAGCUCCGUUUCGAACAAUAUCCCGCACUUCCCGCAGUCGCUACCGGUCAAAAGAAACAUUCCAGCACGAGGCCGUCCGCGCCGUUGGACGUCCGUGCGCUCGACGCGGGAAGCGUGUGCUGGUGCGACGCGUCCGGCGGGAUGGUACCACCCGACGCGGUCGAGGGUGGAAACGACGACGGACCUCUCUUCGUCGGUAGGGCUCACCACGAGGGUGCUCUCAUCCCCGGCAAGGUGAAGCCCGCUCACUCCGUCUGCUACGUCGCCUGGGGCGGCGCCGAGCAUGGAAAGACCGACUACCAGGUUCUCUGCGGCUGCAAACCCACGUGGGUGCCGGUAAGCGGCGGCAGCAUCCCGCGGAACGCGAUCCCGGGAGGCGAGACCGAAGACGGCGAGCCGCUGUUCAUCGGCCGGGUGCACCACGAGGGUACCCUGACCAUCGGCAAGGUGCAGCCAUCCCACAGCGUGUGUUACAUACCUUACGCCGGUGCCGAGGUCGCCUUCCCCGAGUACGAGAUCUUGGUCGAGCAAUAAUCGUCCCGAGAGAUCCUGCGGCCAGGAAGGGAGAAAAAUCCGAUGGGAUUCGUCGCCGACUUAUCGGCAGUUCUGCGAGGAAGAAGACAACGAAGCUUUGAAUUUUAAAUAAUAAUUUCACAAUUGUAUUGUAUAGAAUAAUAAUCGUUGCGCAAAAAGGGGAGGUUGAACGGAAUCUCUAAAAAUUUCCUAAAAAUCUUGAUGAUUUAAAAAGAUAAGUUUAGCGAUUUGUGUUUCAUGUAUGAUCUGUGUCAGAUUUUUUUUUACCAACGAUCUGUUUGUUUAUUGAUCUUAUCUGAGCGAAAUACGUUAUGAAAUAUACGAAUAAGGAAUCUCAAGUGUGCAAACUAGUCUAAUUACAUAUAGUAAGUCGAUAACAUUGAAAGAUACUGUAGAACUGAUCGAUAAGCCGGAGAUGUGCUGUUCGCUAUCGUCUACGCAAGCGUCUGCUUUUCGCACGGAAGUAUAAUUGCAGUCACGCUAUAGAAAGAGAAAGCAAAUCAAACGGCGAUAUAUGCGCGCGCUAUAUAUAGAUAUAUAAAUCUUUUUUUAAAUUGGCACCGGGUACCGUCCGGUUGAACCAAUUGUUCCGUCGUCUCUCCAUCAGGACGACAAGUUCAUAUAGAUACAUAUAUUUUUAUGGUAGAGCUACCGUUUUCUAACGCACAAUAUAUACCACAUGCUUUUUGUCAAAGAGUAUAUUUUCGGAUUAUAUGUAUUGUUGUUAUGACGAAUAGAUUAAACGAACAUCCAUGAAACGAGAAAA